AUGAGCAAUCAACAGCAAAACAAUCAACACCACGUUAAUCCGGCUGGACACCAACAACAGCAGUUAUUGGGACAGCAGAAUGGACGAUCUAUUCCGCCGAUCCGAGUGCAAAGCGAGACCCCGGCACCGCCGUCCAACACCACCACACCGCUGCCAGGUUUGAAUAGCGUUCGUAAUAGUAAUGAUGGCUCAAACACCGUACAGUUGCCAAAAUUACCAACCAUAUCGAUGCUUGUUAACAGUAAUAAGUCUGAACAGAAAUCCUAUUCCACGUCGUCAUUGCAGCAAGAGGUAAAAAGAGAGAUUCAAGACCAUACGUUAGGAUAUGGUAAUAUACUUGAUGGGAGAAAAGAUGUGUCAGGAUUUGGUCCUCAAGCAUAUGGAAUUACUCCACAGCCACCAAACACUGCCCAGGGGAUGCACCAUACUAUGAGCAACUCCAAUAUUUCACGUAUAGGAGGUACACUGCCGUUACAAAACCGUACCAAUUUACCGCUUCAACAAAAUGGAGGAAUGCAGCGAUCUAGUGCAAUGCCAUCUUUGUCCAUUAAUAAUGCGUCACCGACACCAAGCGAUAUCUCAUCCAUUCAAUAUUCGUCUCAUAACCAAUCAAUUACGCCUUCAUCGCAGCAUACCUUCACUGCCCCUACAACAACAUGCACUGAUAAACAAUUUCUUGGGCCGCAUUCGACAAUGACAAUUAAGCAAGAGUGGCAGAAGUAUCAGGUGCUACCACAGCUUACAACACCACAUGGGUGUAAUGAAUUGGGUGACCAGAACUUUCCGCCUCCAGGGUCGGCAUUGUCUCAGUAUCCAAGUAGUAGCACGUCUCUCUCACCUUUCCCAGUUGAUUUCAUCUCUCCUUCAGGUUCGAGUUUUGCAAGUCCGCGGGGUUCUGCACGGUCGCACUCAGCAAGGUCAAAGAAACGUGCCCUGUCUCUUUCACCAUUGUCAACUGAGGGUUUCAACAUCAAUGACAUCAUCCGUACUAGUCCAACUUCUUUGGUGUCAUUUAUAAAUGGUUCACGUGGGUCCUCAUGUUCAGUCUCACCAGCACCAGGUCUUCAACCUGGAGACUAUGGGCACUUGUCAGUACGCAAUAGUCCACAAUCACAGGGUUCGUUUGGUCAUUCCGGAUACCAAAGUGGUAUGCACUCUAGACAAAGUAGUGUGUCUCUUCCUCCUCCUUAUCAUGCACCAAAACAUAGUCAACUUUACAGCAUGCCGGUCGAGAACAAUCUUGACUAUGAACAACAACAUCCACAACAAAAUAUGGGCAAUCUACAAGUUCAAAGUCAGUUAAUAGUACAGCCUUACAACGAAAUAAAACAGGACUUCGUCAAUUUGAAUAUUUACAAGCAUGACGCAAUGGACACGUAUCAGUCGUCAACACCGUCUAUACCAACGUCAAUGCCGACGACAACGAUGCCCAAUCAAAAUAUGCCAAAUAUAAGCAUGCCACCACCCCCCUCAUAUCAACAACACAUGGAAACAACGCAAGUGCCAAUGGGAACCGCAGCUUCUAUGCCUCCGCCACCCCCUCCUCCACCACUCCAGCUUCCUUUGAACAGAAUAACAAUCAAAACUGAAACUGGUGAGAAUGGCGAAAAACUAAUACAUCUUUGCAAAUGGAUUGACUGUAACGCUAUUUUUAAUGAACAGGAAGAGCUUGUACGCCAUAUUGAAAAAGUACACAUAGACCAAAGAAAGGGUGACGACUUUACAUGUUUUUGGCAAGGUUGUUCUCGUAAAUAUAAACCAUUCAAUGCAAGGUACAAGUUGCUGAUACACAUGAGGGUUCACUCGGGAGAAAAACCAAAUAAAUGUACAUUUGAAGGUUGCAAUAAAGCGUUUUCGCGUUUAGAAAAUCUGAAGAUCCACCUGAGGUCGCACACAGGGGAGCGGCCAUAUUUGUGCCAAUACAGUGGCUGUAACAAGGCGUUCAGUAAUUCCUCAGACAGAGCUAAGCAUCAACGUACACAUCUUGACACAAAACCUUAUGCUUGCCAAAUCCCUGGAUGUACAAAGCGAUACACAGAUCCAAGUUCAUUACGUAAACAUGUAAAGGCACACACUGCCAAAGAACAGCAAGCAAGGAAAAAGUUCAGAACAAGUGGUGAAUAUAGUCCACAUCAAGACAUGCUGAAUGAAUGCUUAACAAUCCAGCCAUUACAACCAUUACCCCCUCCCUCUGAUAACCAUAGUAGUCCAAUGGAUCUAAGUGACAGUGGUCUGGGGAGGUCGCCACAUUCCUCAAUGGCUGGUACUUCAUCAGACAUGUACCCAGGGAUGUUUUCUAGUGCUCAUUCUAGCCGCAGUAGCACAGCCACGGCUGCUUCUAACUACAGUAACCAUGCCUCUCCAGUCCAUAGCAUGACAGGAAGCCCACACAACCAAGUACAGUCGAUGACAAUGGUUGAAGAAAGAUCGGGUAACUAUGGACCAACUGCUCAUCAUGUAAGCCCGACUAGACGUUCUUAUCCACCAUCCUUGUUGUCUCGGAGACAGCCUCAGCAACCGUUGAGCGUUGUGAUGAAGCUUCGACCGCCACCUGCUCCAUCAGCUCCACCCCCUCCACAAACGUCAUUACCAGAAACGUCAAUUCAUGUUAAUGGGCUGAUAAUGAAUCAACAGUCAAAUCAAGCAAUUUAUGUUGAAGCUGGAAUACACAGUAACAACAACAACCACCAGCGACAAACAUCGUGUCCGUCGUUAGAAGUUAUCAACAAUCGCCAUCUGAUGCAGACCAUCCACAAUCAAAUGUCAAAUAAUCAACCGGGUCCCCACAACUUUGCCAAUAUUCCCACGUUUGAGGAAACUCUAUCGCCCACUGUGCCUUACGAUGUUGAGAAGAUAGAGCGAGUGUUCUCCGCUAAGUCUCUAACAAUAGAGCGAGCCUUAUCUGCACAUUCCUUGCAUGAAAGAAUUGAUUUAACAUCCACCCCAAGUGACUUCGGUGUUUCUGGAUUUGACAGUGAACUGCUACAGAUGAGUGCUGUUGACCGAUGUCCAAGUCAACUCUCAGCUGUGUAUGCCGACUGACACCCAUGAAUCUCAAUCAGAAAUACCAUUCGUGUAUGCAGAUUCAAAUUCAUUGCCAUAUGGGAUACAUCUCUGCUGUUUCAUCUUGGUUGUGCGCAGAUCCUGUAUGCAUGCGCCUGAAUUUCAUGAUGUCAUAGUCGGGUAUCCUGAUGUACAGGUCCUGAUCGCAUUUGUAGAUGGAAUCCUACGAGGCCAGAGUCAGCUUGAAUGUAAAUCCCAAUAUGAAUCUGAAACUUCUUUCAUAGAGAAUUCAUUAUCCAAUCAAAGAGAACUCUUUGAUGAUCCAGUACAUGUUGUUUGUCAUUUAUUCAACAAGAUAACUGUUGUGGACCAUGUGGACAUCUAUUGUUGUGUAACUUAUGUACAGUGAGAUCGUUGGAACCUUACUUGUUUGAAAUGUACAAACUGUACUUC